AAUUAACCACAAUUAAUACUUUUGUAUAAUAUUCCAAAAAGGAUGAAUACAUGUCGAAAACAACGGUUCUUAUGAAGGAUAGCGAGUUUAAUUUGGAAGAAAUGAGCAUAAAGAAGGGCCCAGACCCUUGAUAUUUGGACCAGACGAAUCUGAACAUGGCAACUAUUGACGGUUUGUUUGAACAAAUAAUUCACUCGGAAAAAGUUGCACAGCAAAGAAAGACAUUGCUUCAAGAAUUGCGUCAAGAUGUUUUUACAGCACAGGAGAAAGGGAAAGAACUGGAGAAAAGGUUUUCUGAACUAAGGGAAAUACUAAAAGCUAAGUUGGAUGAAUUGAGCAGACACGACCUAACUGUGAAAUGGCUGAGCAGCCAGGAGCAGAUAUACUGGGACCAGAAACAGGAACUGACUGAACAGCUGAAGACACUCAGGGAGGCGGAGAGGGAGCAUGUUACAACAUAUGAGAGAGACAGACUGUCAUGGUGUGAGAAGAUGUCAGGUCUGGCAGAGCGGUACGGCCUAAGAGGGGCGGGCAGGGAGACCAGACAUACAGAACAAAGACAGCAGCUGCACCAGCUCAGGGAGGAGAUGGGGGCCCUUCAGGCUGAACUGCAAGCCUAUAAAGAAAAGGAGGCAGUCGUUGUCAAGUGUAGAGAAGAGAGGGACAGUAUGAGAACCAAGCUGGAAAAACUGCAGGAGGAUAACAAAAAGUUGGCGAGUAGUCUGUGUACAGAACUACAGAUGACCGAAGACCUGGAGGCUGAGUGUCAGUCCAUCUCAGACCAGCUGAACACUGACCAGCAGUUUAUCAGCCUACAACAACAGUUAGAUGAAGAGAAACAUCGCUCCACAGUUCUCGGCUCUGAAGGGACCCAACUACAGUCAGAACUAAACCAGCUACACCAGCAACUCUGGCAGCACCAGCUCAAGCAACGACAGCAACAGAUGCUUCAGCAGAAACAGCAACAGCAGCAGCAGUGGAAACAUGAACAUAACAGGAAGGUGCACAGUGGUAAACAACACCCCAACACAACGUCAAAUGGAUCUGCUCAAGUCUCUCGUGUAACCCAGUAUGGGUCAAGUUGCGUUGAAAUCAAUAAUGAAGUGUUCUCAGACUCUGACGACCUUCUUGAUUCUCAAGGUCACCUUACCGAAGGUCAACUGCAGGUCACAAGAAACAAUGGUGACUAUAUACAUAGUUUGAACAGUAAUGUUUCUGGAAACUGUGAAGUGGAAUCGCUGGAUGACCCAAUGCUAGCAGAAAGUGGCCAUUGUGAUGAGGCUGGUAGCAAAGGUCAAGGUCAGACAUCUGGGAUUGACGGUUUUAAGGAUGGACUUGAGAAAGAUGAAACUACAGAAACUACAAAAAGAAGAAUAUUUCGCUCGUUUAGAAAGUUGUGAUAGUUUAUUACAACAAAAACAGUUCAAAACAGUUAUAGCACUGUUACAAUGACUCUGCUAUACUUAUAUUUAAAAUUGGAAGUUGAAAUUUUUUGCCUGUUUUCAUUUGUUAUGAAUGUUCAAGAUUAUGUUAAUCAAUUUAUUAUUAAUCCCCCGCCACGGAGUGGGGAGGGGAUUAUAGGAAUGCACUUCAUCCGUCUGUCAGUCUGUCUGUCUGUCUGUCUGUCCGUCGGGCUGUAACAUUUCGUGUCUGUGCUAUAACUUACUUAUGCAUUGAUGGAUUACCAUAUUACUUGGUACAAAUGUUGUCCUCAUUGAGACAAUGUGCAGUGACCUUGACUCGGGUCCAUACCUCAAAGGUCAAUACCACACGAGACACUUUAAGGUCAGAGUACACAUUCUCUUGUCCAUGCUAUAACUUACUUAUGUAUUGAUGGAUUACCAUAUUACUUUAUCGAAAAUACUUAAGGCUUGCUAUUUCAUCGAUGUUAUAAAUCAAGGACUCAUUUUCCUUCUUUUUUUAGCCAAAAUAACCUUAACAUUGAUCUGACCUACACUACACACAAUAUGAAUAACUUUAACAAAUAUCCUUUUAUAAUAUGUUCAUAUAUCCAAGAAUAUUUAGGUUACCGAUCAAACAACUUGUAUUUUCUAUAUUCCCACUCUUGACCAGUGGUUGUGUACAAUUUUUGUCAGAUUCAACGUACCAGUACCAGUCAGGUUGCAAUAAAACCCAUAAUAUACUAAAAAACAAUGGCGGGGGAUAUGGCCCUCCUUUGGACUGCCUUGUUACAAUCUAAAAUAAUAAUUGAAAUAAUAAAUAAUCUUAUUUUUAAAAUCUACUUUUCUUGCACUUUUCUAUGGCAACAAUUGUAUCACAGUUAUGCAUAUAUUUUUAAUGGUCUGAUAGACACAGGAUAAACACAGGAUAUUUACAUAUUGGUAGAUACUCUUUUUUUUGGGGGGGGGGGGGGGACUGAAUUGUUUACAAUUUAUACCAAAAGAGAAUAUAAGAAAUACUUAUGAUUUAUCAUGUUUGAAAAGUGAUCAAAACUGUUGUUAUUGAUAAAACAUCAUCAAAUGUUCAAAAUAAAGCCUCUAUUUAAAUAAUUAUUG